UUCCCUUUAUUCAUCCUUAAUAUUAAUUUUCCCCAUUCCUUCUUUCUAUUAUUCCCUUAUAUAUUUAUUUUCCUCUCAUUCCUUCUUUCCAUAUUUCUACCCUGUCUCCCUUUCUUUUAAGGCUAUAUUCAGAGAAGGUGCUGAAAUGUCUGCCAGCUGGCUCUCCUCCCUCUGAGCUGAUAUCGUGGAGUGUGAUAGUGAGGGGCGGAUCUGGAAGAUGCCCACAGGUUCAGAAAGAGAAGGUUGUAUAUCACAUAUGGCUGCAAACGACGCAGAGAUUAAGAGCAGCGUUUCUAUCAUACCCUGCUUUCUGUUUGUAGAGCUGGUGCUUAUGGCUGGUACAGUGAUUCUGUCCUACCACUUUGAGUACACGGACACCUUUCCAGUUCACUCCCAGGGAUUCUUCUGCUAUGACAGCUCCUUGUCCAAGCCAUACCCGGGUCCAGAAAGUGUCAGCCGCGCACCACCACGUCUCUUGUACCCUCUGAUUACUGUGCUGCCGAUAAUCACGGUCCUGCUGGGGGAGGCAUCCACUGUCCUGCUUCACCCGCACUGGCGAUCAAGAGAAAGAGUCAUUGCUUGUGGGGACUGCUGCUUCUUCAACCCUCUAUUGCGCCGCAUUGUUAGGAUUCUGGGUUUGUUUUCUUUUGGUCUCUUCUGCACAGUAAUUUUUACUGGAGCUGUCCAGACAGUCACUGGUAACCAAACUCCUCAUUUCCUAUCUGUGUGUCGCCCUAACUACACAGCUCUGGGCUGUAUGUCACACAUUCAGUAUGUGUCAUCACCAAAUGCCUGUACAGGGGACCCCGACAUUAUUACAGAAGCUCGCAAAGCAUUCCCCUCCAAACCCGCAGCUUUGGGAGCCUAUGCAGCAGUGUAUACAACGAUGUACGUCACCCUUGUGCUGCAGGUGAAGGGUUCCCGGCUAGUGAAGCCGUCCCUUUGCCUUGCGUUACUGUCCCCUUCCUGGCUCCUUUCUUUGCUUCGUGUGGCCGAAUAUCGCAACCACUGGAGAGACGUGCUUGCGGGUACCAUCACGGGUGCAGCCAUUGCUGUCUUUCUGGUGACUUGUGUGCUAAAUAAUUUUGGGACAUCGGGCUCAAAGCUAGAGAAUGGUGAAGAUGCCUUAUGCAUACCCGAGGGAAAUCCUGCACCAGUGAUUCCACCAACAUAUGAAAAAGCCUCAGAGAGGUAUCCCCAUAUGUCACCUGAUCCUCCUCCUUGCCUUGUUCCUGUGACCCCAGAUGUCCUGAUUCCUUCCAACUGUAUGACUAGCCAAGUGUGAGAACUCACCUGAGGAAAUACCAACUGCAGCCUUGAGAUUCAGAAGCUCCAAAGUACAAUUAAAAAUUCCUUCAUAGCCUGAUAAUGGUUGUAUUACUGAAAAGGAAAUAAUGUAUAUGACCCAUUGUCUGACUAAUCGUGUCUCAGGACGGAUGGACAAUAUUUAAGAUACCGUUAAAGGCUGUUAUAUGUUUGUUUUACAGGAAGACACCACCAGCACCAGAAUAAACCAGACACUAUUUUGGGGUUAGUGUAAAGUAUAUGUUCACUUAUUUUUCCUGGUUGUGUUGCACUGCAGUGACAUGGACAUACAUAUAUACAGUGGAACUUGUUGGGCUUUAUUGCUGCCUAUCUUCUCACCAUGGGGUAUAGUGCAUAUGAACACAAUAUCAUUAUUUUGUUAUCUCACACACUGCUAAUGAUGUACAAUUUUUUGUUUGUAACACAUAGAUGUAUUUAAUAAAAGUGAUUAUUAUGA